ACUAUCCAAGUAUUUGUUGCCUUUCGCUUUGUGGUUUCCGGCUGUUACAAGCACACACUGUUUAUGGGUGCCAACAAGAGGAUUAUUGUCGGUAGAGAUGGAAAGAGAGAUAACUAAACCGGAAAUCAACAACGUUUACGUUUGUUACUGACCUGGGGCAACAAAACCAAUGUUAACUACGUGUUAAGUCUACAGUGAUAAGAAUCUAAAUUUGAAUUACACAACAGGAUGCCAAACACGUAUGCGUAAAACAUACAUUGUCGGCGGGCGUUUAUUGACUGAAUGUUCAAAUUUCAGAAUAUCCGGUACAUUUCGUAGGAUGACUUGAAUGAACCAAUACCACGUCAAAAGACAUGCACUUGAUGUGCUAUUAGUCUGCUAAUGGAUUCUUUAAAUACAUUCAGCUUGUGGUAAGCAUUAGGUAGAGCACCUAUAUAAAGAGGCAGCUGGAACAGUAAGGAACACCAUCAGCUCUUGGUUGCUUCAUUGAAGUCACAGCAAUUGCCACAGCAAGUAUCUCUAAAUUCCAAUUUUCUGAAAAUGAUGUUUCAUCGUCCUUCACUGAUGACUAUUCUGGCUGUUUCUUUCCUGUGCCUUUGGCUGGGAUCAAAAGUUUCAGCAUCACCCAUCUUGUUACCGACCAACGAAGAAGAUGACCACUCUAUUGUCCCAGUCGAUACCGUCAAUCAAAAUGUUACGAUCGAAGAUUUUGAGCUCGGAGAGCCAUUCAAUGACGAUGAAUUGAGUGGCAACAUUUCCAGCAAAGUUCCUUCUGGAUCGUUAUCGGGAAAGUGGAGCAAUCGAAUCCGUGACGAGCUGUUGAAGAAACUGGCCGGUGGAGACAUCAUGACCCUCGAUCUCGAUGAUAACAAAAAUACUGUCGUGGAUCGCAACAGUCUUUGGCCAGGUGCCCAAGUUCCUUACGUCAUCUCCGCAAGUUACACUCCCGAACAGCGACGAGUUCUCGGCUACGCAAUCAGCGAAUUCCAUUCGAAAACUUGCAUUCGUUUCGUUCCACGGACCACCCAACGCAAUUACAUUUACAUCCGGCGAGAUCUCAAUGUUGGAUGCUGGAGCUACGUGGGUAUGAACGGCAACGGUCCGCAAGAUGUUAGCCUGCCCGACUAUUGCGUCAGUUACAAUUAUCCUGGAUCUGUCAUGCACGAAUUGAUGCACGCCAUUGGUUUCCAACACGAACACCAACGUCCCGAUCAGCAGUAUUACAUCACCAUUAACUAUCCCAAUAUACGUCCAGACAAUCGCCAGUUCUUCAACCCGAUGAAAACGACUGAGGUCAACACUUUGGGCCUGCCUUAUGACAUUAAAUCCGUCAUGCAUUACCCGAGUUCGUUCAUGGCCAAUAAUCCAUCUAUUCCGACUAUGAUGGCCAGAAACGGCGAGUUGAAUUUGGGGAAUUUGAAGGGAUUCACUCAGUUGGACGUCCAGAAAAUUAACAAGCUGUACAACUGCUAUUCCGGCUAAAAGGUGGAUGUUUCGUCCGGUGGAAUAACACGUUGCAACUUAAAUCAUUGUAGACAAGUCUGUGACAGUAAUGGCUAGUGUUAAGUGUAGUUGACUAGAUCAAUACAUUUCAGAAAAAUCUA